UUAAAUGAAAGCAUGUAUUAAGGUGGACACAUGUCCACUAAACUUCAUUAAGUCAACAAUUGGUGGCUUAAUGGACUGCCAUGUGUCAUCUUAAUAUGAAUUAAAACCACGUAAAGUCGUAAAUUAGUCAUCUUAUCACAUGGGACCCAUAAAUGGGCAUCAGACCAUUCUUCUUUCAAGUUCAAAACUUUAGCAAAUGGACCAUUUUUAAACCCAUGUCCAUGUUUACUUAGCAAAUCUAAGUCCAAUAAUUCCUUCCAGCAAGAUUUACGGUUAGUGCCAAAAAACUUGCUUAUCUGAUGUGUCCAACAGGUGCAUCUCUAUUUCUAUCCGUAAAGCUUCACAUUGGAAAAUAAAUUUGAUUUUAGCAGAUUCGGUCAUAGGUUUUGCAUAGCUGAUGGAUGACAUAUGUGCUCUGCAAAAUAAUUUCAAGAUAUUCUUUACAUGGAAAUUUAAGAGCGACAAUAACAGAGUGCUCUCCUCCAAAACCCUAAUCCAAAAACCCUUCUCCCUACUCCCAAAACCCUUGUCUUGUCUCCACUCAUCAGCUCCACCUCAUACGAUUCCUCAAGAUAAUUCCACAAAGCACAGAACCCUUCUUGUUGAGAGCUACCAUGAACACAAAAGGCUAAAAAUCUUGCUUGCUAAGCUCAACAAGAAGGGCUCUUGCCCUUUGGAAAUGCUUCAGGAUGAUGGAGAUUGGUCCAAAGACCACUUUUGGGCUGUCAUCAGAUUCCUUAAACAAUCCUCCAGAACAAAGGAGAUUCUUCAGGUGUUUGACACUUGGAAGAACAUAGAGAAAUCACGAAUUAAUGAAUUCAACUAUGAGAAGAUUAUAAAUUUAUUAUGUGAAGAAGGUAUAAUGGAAGAUGCAUCUUUGACAUUCAUAGAAAUGAAGAGUUUUGGUUUGAGUCCUUCCCUACAAAUAUUCAAUUCCUUGAUUCAUGGUUAUGCAAGUAACGGGAAGUUUGAUGAUGCCUUGUUUUACCUUAAUCAGAUGAAAGAAAUUAAUUUGUCAUCAGAAAGUGAUACCUAUGAUGGUUUGAUUCAGGCUUAUGGAAAGUACAAAAUGUAUGAUGAAAUGGGUAUGUGCUUGAAGCAAAUGGAGAUAGAUGGGUGUUCGCCUGACUGCUUUACUUAUAAUUUACUUAUCCGAGAAUUUGCACAAGCUGGGUUGCUUACAAAAAUGGAAAGAUUAUAUCAAUCUAUGAGAACAAAAAGGAUGGACUUGCAAUCGUGUACUUUGAUUGCCAUGCUUGAGGCUUAUGUGAACUUUGGAAUAGUAGAAAAGAUAGAUAAGGUUUUAAGAUGGGUGCGGAAAUCCAAAGCCACUUUAAAGGAAGAUUUAAUAAGAAAAAUAGCUGUGAUUUAUAUUGAAAAUCUCAUGUUUUCAAGAUUAGAUGACCUAGGAGAUGAUCUUUCAUCUCGAAGUGGUAAAACUGAUAUUGUUUGGUGUCUGCACCUCCUUUCUAGUGCGUGUUCAUUGAGUCAAAAGGGCAUGGAUUCCAUUGUUAGACAGAUGGAGGAAGCAAAGGUUUCUUGGAAUAUAACAUUUGUAAACAUUAUUUUGCUAGCAUACUUGAAGAUCAAAGACUUCACACACUUGAGGAUCUUGCUCUCCAAGUUAGCUAACCUUUAUGUGGAACCUGAUAUGGUCACCGUUGGAAUUCUAUUUGAUGCAUAUGACAAAGGCUUUCAUGGGACUGGAAUCUUUGAGACAUGGAGAAGGAUGGGUCUCUUUUCCAAACAUGUGGAAAUGAAAACCGAUCCUCUGGUUCUCACUGCAUUUGGAAAGGGCCAGUUCCUCAGAAGAUGUGAAGAGACAUACUCCUCUCUUGAACCUAAUGCUAGAGAAAAGAAAAAGUGGACUUAUUUCACUCUCAUUGAUUUGGUGGCAAAGAACAAUGGCAGCAUCAAUUAAGGCAAGUAAGAUUGAAACCAAGAAUCAAGGUGUGCUAACUCAGUAAGCUUAUGAUACUCAAAUCACCAGUCUGUUUAUGUGGCUAACUCAAUAUCAUUUCAUUGUACAGAAAAGCAUGGUAAGUUUUUUACCCUCACGUUGCAGCAGGAUAAAAUUUCACGAGUCGCAUCAUUUGAUACCAAGAUAAUGUUAAAAGUGGUUGAAUUCCUUACUUCAUGGAAGAAAACUGCUUGGUUUUGAUUUUGUGCCAUUGUUUUUACUGGCUAUUCAUAGCUCAUCUGUCAUCAUAAUCUCUGUAACCAUCCUUGAAAACUUUUCAUUUGUUC